UAUGCAUGUCUGCAUAAGUGAUUACUUUCACUUUCUGUUUGUCAUUUAAAUGAAAAAAUAAGGUGCCAUCAAAUCAAUCCGCAAUUCAUUUUACAGGCUCUCCGAACAUUACUUGGUCUCUAAACUUAACAGCUUACCUAGAAACAGGAUCUACAUCCAAAUCUAUUAAGGGAACUUUUGUUAUCAAUAUACCAGAACUUGGCAUCAUGAAGGAAUCUUCAGUGGUAUUGAAGCCAGAAUCAUAUCCAACUCAUAACAUCCUUUUUGAUGUCCCAAAGGCAGAAACCUGGUGGCCAAUAGGUUAUGGUAACCAGCAUUUGUAUAUGGUUUCUGUGAAGUUUACAUCCAUGUUUGGUGAGGUAUCUACCAAGAAUGUGACCGUGGGAUUCCGCAAGGUGCAACUGGUUCAGGAUGCUCUACCUGGUGACACAGGUGUGUGAGAUGAGAGGUCGAAAAUUAACAAUGGGAAUUGAGGGAGUUCAAAUUGAGGGAGUUCAAAUUGAGGGAGUUCAAAUUGAGGGAGUUCAAAUUGGGGAAGUAUAGUAGGGGUGACCUGAACACUGAAAUUAACCAGAUCAUGAAAAAUGGGUGCCACUAAAAUGACAGUGGUCUAGAAAAAAAAAAAUGUUCAGUCUAGUAUGCAUUGUCUUGAAUAAAGGAUUGGCUUUACAUUUGUUGAA